CCAAAACCGAAUAGAAGUGCAACCGGGCCGGCCCAUUAUUGGAUCUUUUGGAGGGCCGCUGUCUUCGACGACCAAAAACCGGGAAGGUGGAGGUGAAGAGAAAGAGAGGAGAUCGGGGAUGGCGAACCAAGCAGAGGCAAGCCCGCGGAAGCGGAAGGCCUUCGACGGAGAGCUAGAGACGGAGGCAGCUGCGAUCACUGAUAUGAAGCAACUGGCGGACGAGGAGCCGGCGGCAAUUGUUUUGAACCCUAGUAAAAGCGUUGGAGCAGGCGCGAGUGGCAGUAGUGAGUUGUUUCCCGAGGAAUACGAUUGGUCCUGCAGCAGAGAUGAUGAUUUCAUGCUGCAGCAAGCCGCCAUUAGGGAGGAGGCCAUCAAGAUUCCCUAUGUCGGAGAUAAGGAGCCGCUUUCUGCCUUAGCAGCUGAGUUUGAGUCAGGCAGCCCCAUCCUCAAGGAGAAAAUCAGGAUACUUGCUGAGCAAUAUACAGCUCUAAGGCGAACACGGGGAGAUGGAAACUGUCUCUAUAGAAGUUUUAUGCUUGCUUAUCUGGAACACAUUCUAGAAACACAAGAUGUUACUGAGGCUGAGCGAAUUACUGGAAAGGUUGAACAAUGCAAGAACACUUUGCAGAGCCUUGGCUACACAGAAUUUACAUAUGAGGAUUUCUUUAGUAUAUUCAUGGAACAACUGGAAAAUGUACUGCCGGGUAAAGGACCUUCCAUAAGCAUCGAGGAGCUUUUGUCAAGGUGCCGGGAUCAGUUUGUCUCUGACUAUGUUGUAAUGUUCCUUAGAUUUGUCACUUCUGGGGAAAUUCGUAAACGAGCAGAAUUUUUCGAGCCAUUUAUUGCUGGUUUGACAAAUACAAGUGUCGAUCAGUUCUGUAAAUCAUCUGUGGAGCCUAUGGGUGAAGAAUGCGAUCACGUGCACAUAAUUGCUCUCUCAGAUGCCCUGGGUGUGCCGAUACGAGUAGUUUACCUAGACCGAAGCUCAUGUGACAAAGGCGCAUUAGCUGUGAAUCAUCAUGACUUUGUUCCCAACAUUUCGGCGGCGGACGAGCACAGCCUGUCAUUGGACCCACCUGGCAACACCGCAGAACCUUUUGUUACAUUGUUGUAUCGACCUGGCCAUUAUGACAUUCUUUAUCGCAGAUUAUAAUGGUGAUGGUGAUGAUGAUGAUUGUGUUACGCGAGCACUAAUCUCCUUUCGCAUUCGUCUUUUUCAAAAGCAACAGGAACUCAUUUUUUGCAUUUUCUUCCACAGGCUAGCUGCCUUUUGGACCUGCUGAUGUAAAAAACACCGAAGAAUUUGCUUCAGCGUUAUAGAUUUAAUCACAUUAUACUAGGUUUAUAAGUUUUUUAAACUAACCAACUAGACUCUUAACAGAUAUUAUUAUCUACUGUUUUUCCAGCGUUUGUUGAGAUUCCCUGCACCGUAGUAGGGCUGCUA